GGAAACGAAAACGUUUGGUUAGAAAACGGUCUUGUUGUUACUGACUAGUUUCACUGGAUAUCUUCACUUCGCUUCAUAUAAGUCCAGGUAACUUCCUUACCACCUAACAAAGAAGCCAUGUCUAAAGGAGCCAAAGAGACCAUCGUCACCAGGUUGGGCUUCAAAUCCAGCAGCUCCGCUUCCAAGGCUGAGGCAGAGCUGGAGAAAGUCAGGAAGGAGAACGCUCACCUCAGGAAAAAGAUUGAUGAACUUGCCAAACGACACAUCAAACCCCCUGACUCAGACAAAAGCAAGCUGCUGGAGAGGAUCCUGUCCCUUGAGACGCUGCGAGAGAGAAACAAUCAGCAGUUGCUUGUUAAAGAGCAGGAUCUAGACACAAUGAGACGGCAGCUGUCAGCUAAAGGAGGAGAAGUCGUGGCAUCCCUGCAGGCCCAGCUGGAGCAGCAGAGGAAGGAGGCCGAUCAGAGAGACACAAUGUUCCACAGUUUGUCACAGGAGACGGGGAACCUGAAAAACCAGCUGACCACAGUUUCUGCCCGCUGCCAGUCCCUGGAAACACAGGCGACGAAUGGACAGGUGCCUCCUGCAGACUUGGCUUUGGUUCAAGAUCAACUGAGAGACGCUCUUGAGAAGAACCAGCAGUGGCUGGCGUACGACGCGCAGAGAGAAGGCUACGUCCAGUCGGUCCUCGCCCGCACGCUGGAGUUGGAGCAGCAGCUGGCCAAGCAGCAGCCAAUCAGACAAGAGACCUCAUCAGAUGCAGUUCCAGAGAAGGACGCUGAGCUGAAGCGGCACUAUGAGCAGCAGCUUUUGGGGGUGCAGAACAACCUGGAGAGGCAAAAAGAUCAGGCUGCCAGAGGCCAGGAGGAGCUCAGUGUGCAGAGGGAACAGAUGUUGAAAGCUCAGGCGGAGCUGCGGUCUCAGAAGGAGCAGGUCAGCCGGCUGCAGGAGGAGAUGGCGGCGCUGCAGAGGAGGUACGAGGACAAGAGCAGCGAGCUAUCGUCGUUUCUGAGGAGGUACGAAGAGAAGAGCAAAGAGUCGCAGGACGUAAAGAUGCAGCUGCAGGCGGAGCGGCACAGCAGCAGACAUGUAGUGAGCGAGGAGAGAAAGGUGUUGUCUGAGCGCUCAGACAGGAUGAGGAUGGAACUGGAGAGCAUGGACACGAGACUGGAGGAGGAGAGGAAGAGAUCUGCUGAACUUCUGCUGCAGGUGAAUAUGCUGCAGAAAUCUCUACUGAGCCAAAAUGAAGAACAGAGGAGAAUCGCAGCGUUGGAGCAACAGAUCCAGCUCUCUGCCAAGGACUCUGAGAAUGAGAAGGUUGAUCGUCAGAGCAUGCAGCACCAGUUACACAAGGUGCUGAAGGAGCUCCGCAGGGCCCGCGAUCAGAUCACUAAACUGGAGACUGUUAAACCGCCAAGCUCCCGUUUCUCUGAGCCCAGCUCCUACAAUAAUUUUGAGUUUGAUCACCUGACCAUCCACGACUCUGCCGGACCUACGUCUCCGUCCAAAGUCCCCAACCUCCUGGAUGAGAGUUUCCUGGAGUGCCCCAAGUGCCGGGCCUCCUAUCCCACCAGCCGCCACAGGGAGCUCCUGGCGCACAUAGACUACUGCCUUGCCUGAAUUAAUACAUAGCCUAGGUGAUUGGUUCCUUCCCAAGAGAGGGGCAGCAAGACAGCAAAGCUACCCUCACAACACAAGCAAUUAUUUUAUUUCUUUAGGCUUCUUUAAUGUUGUCAGACAGAAAAGGAAACAAAAAUCACCAUUUGGUUAACCUGGUAGUGUUGAUAUGCAGUCUGAGUCAGUGGGGGGCAUUGCCUCCUUUUUAUAAUGGGUCACAAAACAUACACCACUGAAGCUCUAAACACAUUACUCCUAGCAAAAACGAAAAAUAUAUGUAGGUUGUUUACAUGGUUGCCAAUCCAUUGUUUGUGUGAACUUCUAAAAGCAGAUUAAAUAGCUAAAUUCUCUCAUGCAAGAUGAUUAGAUUGAAAUAAUGCCGCUGUUGUGAGAACGAUGCAGCAUGGAUUGGUCAAUUGGAUGGCUUGAAUAAGCAUGUUGACUCCAAGUGAUAUUCAAAUGGUGAUUUUAUAUAAGUGGGUUAAGGUCCAAACAGCUAGUACAACGGGGUUAUUAUGAAUAUACAAGUACAUUUUCAACAGUUUUUAAACAUUAAUGGGAAUUAAGGGACAUUCUUAUAAUGCAGAUUACAUAACCACCGUAAAACUAUUUAUAAGUGAUCAUGAUAAUUUAAAGAAAUGUAUUCCAGUGUUUUUUGCCGUUUGAAGACCGUCAGGCCAAAGAUCGAUUUGAUAUUCCUUCCAUAUGUUUACUUCUGGGGUCUUCCUGCUUCGUUUCGUGAGUACAGUAUUUUCCUUCACGGCAAGAUCUUAUAGAAUUGUAUUUUUGUGUGCGUUUGAUGUAAUUAUUUAUUCUUGGGUUAUUUUUAAAGUGAGCUACUGUCUUUUAAGUGAAUAAAUGCUUAUGAUAAUGUAUUUCUGUACAAUUUUCCGCGAUUGCGUUCUUUAAUCAUGAAUUUACCUUUAUUGUAUUUGAUGAACGUUUACAAACCUGACUAUAGCAGUAUCUUUCAAACCAGCUGUAAACAUACCGCUGAUACACUCCUAGUUUCAGUAAUCAAUACAUUUGGUGUUUUUGUGUUUUUUCUCAGUAUAUUAAAGGUAUUUGUGCAUUGUUUGGAAGAAAGAGAAAUUACCCAGAAGCAGCCAUUAUCAUUGUUCAUUGCCAGUAUUGAGAUGACAUAAAAAGGAUACAUUAAAGUAUAGCAGUGUUUCUCUUCGCUGAUAAACAUGACUGAGACAUUCCUCCAACAUGUAGUGGGAUUUGCCUCAGCUGAGCGGAGCAUAAAUAUACUGUACAGGAGUUUAAAUGGUCACAUGGUGCCAGGUUGUCCUCCUAUUCCUCCUCGUUAAAGUGAAGCUCAUUUCAACUUCCACCUUCACUUUUCAAGCCCGCAGCUCUGUAGGCUGGAAUGAGAUUGCAUGAGAUAAUUCCUUGUACUCAACUAUUUAAGGCAGGGGAUUAGUAAAUGUCCUCCUGGUUGAGGGAAGGGGUUAAGUUGAUUUUAUUCCUGCCAUCUUGGCAAUGUGACUCAAUGGACUUAAAACAGACAGACGCUUCUAUGCUGUCUUCUUUUAGAUCACUGUUUUGUUUUUGCAUGGCAUGACUUUUGCAUUUGUUAUUUUUAAAAGUCCUCUAUUUUAUUUGUAUCAUGUGCUCCAAAGUUGUUUUGCUGUGCACUGUACUGUAUUAAAGUGUGCAAUAAAGAUUUAAAUCUCCAC